AUGGAGGAUUUUUACCGCGAGUGCGACAGCGUUUGCCUGACGCUCAUGGAGGCUCUAGAGGUUACCUGGGGCAUUGAUGAUGGGUCUCUGGUCGCACGCUGCAUUCCCAGUGCCACAGACCUCCGACUCACUCACGACCCCACAAUUCCCGCUGAUGAGAUAAAGUCGGGCGGUACAAGACGGAUCGCACCACAUACCGAUUUCGGACCCAUCACGCUGCUGUUCCACGACAGCACUGGUGGCCUGGAAAUUGAAGACCGGGCCAAUCCAAAGGGCAACACUUUUGUUCCCCUCCCGCCGACUGAUACGACAGAGAUGAUUGUCAAUGUUGGCGAUACGCGGACACGUUGGACCAACGGAAAUAUUACCGGUGGCAUUCACCAGGUCACUACCCCCGAGUCUAUGAAGGGAGAGAGUAGCUUGGUUAUACCACCCCGAAUGUCGAUGGCCUAUCUCUUCAAGGCUGAGAGCAAUACCUCGGUUGGCCCACUGCCCAAGUUCGUCUCCAAAGAGCCGGCGAAGUAUCCCGAAAUCACAGCCUUCGAGUUUCAACAAUGGAAAAAUAGUAUUAUGUACAAUGUGGAAGAGGAAGAACAUGCGCGCACUCUUGAUCGCUUCGUUGAGACGCCCAAGGCUAUCACAGUACAAGCGUAA